AUGGCCCCCGAAUCCGAGCAGACCAUCAAGGUCGCCUCCAAAAAGGAUGCAAAGGCCGGCAUCAUAAAGCUCAAGAAGCCGCCCCCCAAGCACAGCAAGCCGGGAAAUUGGAGGGAUGGCAGCGUCGUCGAAGACGACAAGAAGAAGAGCGUUGCCUCCCCGUCCGCAUCGGUCGCCUCACCCGGCCCCGUCGUCAACCAGCUCGACGACAUAGCCCGCGAGACGUUUGCGACGGGACGUCCCCUCGAGGACAGCCCCGACCUGCAGCAGUGCAAGCAUUGUAGGAAGAGCGUCCUCAAGACGGCCGCAAAGGCCCACAUCGCGCAAUGUCUCAGACUAAAGAAGGAAAAGGCGCAGCGUAAGAAGGAGGCGCGAGAGGCCAGAGAGAGGGCUAAGGAGGCCGCCAGAGAAGAGGAAGCACGCAAGGCAGAUGAGGAGAACGGCGAAGCUAAGGGCGACAACGACAGCGGCGACGACGACAAGCAAAAGGGCAGCGUCGGCGGCAAAAAGGCCGCCGGCAAGAAGCCUGAGGACGACAAAAAGGGCAAGAAGCGGAAAGCCGACGGCGACCUCGACAAGGCCCCCAAGGCCAAAAAGAAGAAGGAUGAGCCCAAGGCCAAAGUACCCAAGCCGAGAGGACCUGUCGAUGUCGAGCGGCAGUGUGGUGUUAUCCUGGCCAACGGCCAACCGUGCGCCCGAUCUUUGACGUGCAAGAGCCACUCUAUGGGCGCCAAGCGUGCCGUUGCCGGCAGAUCGCUCCCCUACGACAUGCUCCUAGCAGCUUACCAGAAGAAAAACCAGGCCAAGCAGCAGAAAGCUGCUUUGGACGCCAAUGCGCCUGUAGAGGACGAAGAUGAAGUCAACAACGGACCCGUUGACUCUGACGAGGAGACUGGCGCUGUCAUGGGUGCGCUGGCGCACUGGAAUCCUCAGCCACUACUCCCACAGCCCAUUUUCGCCCCCAUCAAGCGCCAGUACCAACUCGCCAGGUUACACGAGCAGCUGCAGAUGGCCACCAACGGCGGCCGCACCAACAUCUUCCAGGUGGUGGGCUACGGAGCGCGGAGGCCUCUGGAUGGGCAUCCGGGCACGCUAGAAGGAGAGGACGCGCCAGGCGAGCCAGACCUGGGCAGCAUGACCAUGCCUGGGUCGGCGCGGUCCUCGAGUUUUGGCAUCAGCGCUGCGCCGCAACGCAGGUCGUCGGCGACAAGUCGCGGAUGA